AUGGCGGGUCAGUGCUCCAAUGAAGGCUCCAGUACUGGAAAUAUUUUAGCAGAAUGUUCAGAUUCAACUGUUCAGCUCAAUAUCAAGACUCUAGAUUCCCGCAUCUACAGUUUUCAAGUGGACAAAAAUAUGCCUGUUUCAUUGUUCAAAGAGAAAAUUGCAAGUGAAAUUGGUGUUCCUGUUAGUCAGCAACGACUGAUAUUUAGAGGAAAAGUUUUAAAGGAUGAGCACGUUCUUUCUGAGUAUCAUAUUGAGAAUGGGGAUACAUUGCAUUUAGUUGAAAGACAACCAAAUCAGUCACAGGCUUCUGGUACAAGUGCUGAUGAGUCAACUGGUACAAGUGGUAACAGAGGAAAUGAUGUGGGCUCAGGGGCUCCUCGUAAUCGAGUUGGGCAAAUUUCACACAGUGUUGUUCUUGGAACAUUUAACGUGGGAGAGCAAGGUGAAGGAAUUGUUCAUGAUCUCACUCGGGUUAUUGGACAUGUUUUAAAUUCUAUUGGAAACGGUGGCCAGAGUACAAUUAAUGGUCCUAAUGCUAUGCAAACUUCUUCAAUCAUGAUGCGAUAUCAUGUUGUGGUUCGUGUUGUGUAUCAGGCUCAUCCCGGGAAUGAAACUGAAGGAAUGCAUGCUGGAAAUCAAAACCCAGCAGGAAACCAGGCACCAUCUGGACAGACAUUUCAUGGUCCGACAUUCCAAUCUGUAUCUCAUGUUGUUCAGAUCCCUGUGGCGGCAGGGGCCAUACCCCUCCCAUCUCUCAAUGCACCAAUUCCUGAUUCAUUGAACACACUGUUGGAGUUUAUGAAUCGCAUGGAACAGACACUGACACAAAAUGGUCACCAGUCAAAUCUUUCACCAGCUAACACUGGAGAUCAGCGAGUGGAAUUGCCUAUUAAUUCACAAGGGUUGCCAACACUGGAAGCAUUAAUUACUGUCUUGCAUCAUGCAGAACGGUUACUUGGUGGUCAAGCUGUUGCUGCACUAUCUCAUAUUGCAGGGCGCUUGGAAAGAGAAGGAGGUUCUGCUGAUCCACGUAUAAGGGGUCAGGUACAGUCAGAGUCAGUGCAAAUAGGACUUGCUAUGCAGCAUUUGGGUGCACUUCUACUUGAACUUGGCCGGACUAUGUUGACACUGCGUAUGGGACAAGCUUCUGCAGAAGCGGUUGUUAAUGCUGGACCAGCUGUUUACAUUUCUCCAUCAGGACCAAAUCCUAUAAUGGCUCAGCUAAGUUUAUUAAAACUUAAUAAACAAUAUGUUGUUGAUACUCUGGAACUGGAGCUGUAA